AUGUGUUAUUAUCAGGGCAAGCUUUUUGCUUGGAAAAUAAUUUUAAUUCUAUGUAUGUUAUACGUUGGAGAUUCACUAGCUAAAUCAUUUCAACCUACUAAUUUUGACUACGACUAUCGAGUAGAAAGUCGCAAUACACCGCGGCGUCAUAGGGGCAAAAGUGCAACCACUACUACACCAAGACCACUAAUACAGCAAUAUUGGCAGAGUUUUGUACGUAAUUUACCCACGCUGCCACCAUUUUCAUGGAAUAUAACAAACCCCAUAGGCAACCUCUUUAAUGCAGGAGCACAAGAAAUCAUUGAAACACCAGUGGCAAUGCAUUACAUGAUGCAGGAAGAGCCCAAUAGAAUACGUAGAACAAAAACUUCUAAACGAAAGUCAUCUAAGAAAGGUAAAGAUCGCAAAAGACUGCAAAGAAAUUAUUAUUCUUCAUAUGAUAACGGCUACGGCAAUGGCUAUCAACAACAAACACAAUUACAGUUGCAACCUUUAGGAAUAGAUCAAAAUGGAAUAAUGCAUUUCUAUGAUCCUUCAUCGGGACAAUAUUAUGCUUUGCAACAGGAGACGCAACCAAAUUAUCACAAUAAUCAAUAUGGAAAUCAAUACAACACUCAACAUCAAUAUAAUAGUCAAUAUAGCAACUAUGCCGAAAAUGGCUAUGAUGAUGAAGAUGACGAUGGCUAUGGUGAUGAAAGUGGCGAGCAAUAUAAUCAUAAUGGUUACGAUUCCCAACAUGGGUACGAUUCUGACAAUGGAUACGAUUCGGAACAGGGCUAUGACGCUGACAAUGGCUACGAUUCCGAACAGGGUUACGAAUCUGAUAAUGGCUACGAUUCUGACAAUGGCUACGAUUCUGAACAGGGAUACGAGUCUGAACAUAACGGUUAUGACAAUGAUGGAGAAUCUUAUAAUGACGGUCAUACGGAAUAUGAUGAUGGUGUAGAAUUGGCCGACAAUUGGGGUUAUAAUGAUGAAGAAAUUUUUGCCGACAGAAAACUAAAGGACGGGCCAACAGAUAAUAUCGAAGCCAUUGCCGGAAGUAUUAUAAAAAUUCAAAAGCAUCUUUUGAAGCCAGAAACUGAAGAAGAUGUUAAACUUUUACUCUCCAAGGUGAAGAAGCCGACCGACAGAAAUGAUAAGCAAACAGAAACAAUCGAUAAUGAAGAUGUUGAAUCUGUGCGUAAUGUCUUGGGCACAUUUAAGAAAGCUCCAAGUAGGAAAAAGCAACUAGCCAAUACAAGAAAAGAAGUUGAAUCUGUACGUAAUGCUUUGGGGUCCUUUAUGAAAGAUGAUACUGUGAGUAGGAGAAAGCAGACUGCUAACACUAAAAUAUCUACACACUUGGUAGAGAAGCCUAGAGGAAAAGAAAAGUAUUAUAUUUUCCCAGCUAAUUUUUGGUUAUAA